AUGUUCGACUACGACGAUAGAGACCACCAAGGUCUGGACUACGACGAGACAGACUACGAGCGCUGGUACAAACCUAACCGCCCCGUCACAGCGCCAGAACUAGAAGCCCUCCGCGCCCGUCUCACCAAACUCGAAGCUCUCGUCGACUACAAGCUCACGCCUCUGCCCCCACUCAUCGUCCCAGGCUUCUCGGAGAACAACCUCAAGCCCCUCCAGUCCGCCAAGCUCCAAAUCUACAGCGUCCACCAAGUCCUCGGAACCCCGGAACUGCUUGAAGCCAUCCUCCUCCACCUACCUGCUCUCGAACUCCUGAAAUGCCAGCGGGUGAACAAGUUCUUCCAAGCCACCAUGGCCGGCUCAGUCGCGCUCGAGAAGGUCCUGUUCAUGGCGCCGCCUUCCGAGAAGAACACUACGAAGGGUUCCGACGAGCUCCCGCAGAUCAACCGGCUCCUCAACCUCCACCCGAUGCAGAACCAUCGCCCGUACGUCUUUCGUGGCCGCGAGUUCGACGUCCAGGACCCUCCGAAGAUUGUGGAGGACAGGGGGAAGUUUCUGGUCGAUGUGCGGUUCGCGCAGUACGAUGCUCCGCCGUUCUCCGGCGCAGAAGCUGGGCGGGUGGUGGUGCCGUCGUGGAUGAAGAUGUAUCUUACGCAACCGCCGUGUGAGAUUCGGCUCCGCACGUCGCAGGAUGGGAAGAUCAGGCGGGUGCAGCCGAUGACGUUCGGGGAGGUGCUGGAGGUGUUGACGGAUGAGCAUUAUGGGACGAGGAGUGGGAAGGGGAAGGAAGGUGGAAAGGAGAAGGUGGAGAAGCGGAAACGAGAGACGACUGCCAACAUUCACGAGUUCAGAAUGCUCUUUGACUACAGCUCAGCAGACGAAAUGGUGAACGUCUUCAUCCCCGGCAUCGUCGGCGCCAUAGUCGGCGCUAUCCUCGGCGGCCCCUUGCUCCCAAAAGUCGUCGAGUCCAGCUGGUUCCAAAGUCUACGCCAGAAGGUCUUGCCUCGAUCCGCCCGAAGAGCCAGAGACGUGGCUCUGGAAGACGCCGAAGCUAGAAAAUUUGGCCUUCUCGAAUACAAAAAGCUUCGCAAGCGUGUUCAGCAGCUCGUAAGGGAGAAUUGGCGGCUUGGUGAAGAGAACAUGCACAUGGCGACCGAGCUUGGCCGUGGGCAAUCGCGCAUCCCGACCGAUGAUUGGCACGCGGGCAUAACCCAGUCACAGCUGUCUUAA